GCUUUGCCGCUGCUGCCUGCGAUUGCUGCCUGCGAUUGCUGCCUGCACGCUUCCCUGAAACCCGAUAGACCAAGAAGGCGCAACGGCCAAUCACGGCUUCUGGAUAGUGCGAAUCUCCAACUCCUAUAUAUAUCAGACGAAAGCGACCCGGCUUGUUUCGCUCGGCGUGCGUGCGGCGUGGGCUGGAGACUCACUUCGACCCCGCCUCUGGCCCAACCAUCAUCAGCGAUCCUACGAAUGUCCUCCGCAGUAUAAUGAACCCGCUUCAGAUCGACUACAACAUCAACUGCGACGGCUACGCGUUACCCCCCGCUAGGCGGAGACAAUAUUUUGGAGGAUUUCGACUUUGACGCUUAUUUGGUGGAAGGAGAGGCAGCUGAGGUCGCGGUAGAGUUAAACGAGGUCAAGGAUUUUGACUUUGACGCUUUCCUCCCAGACGGCAUUCUUUCGAAUUCCGAGGGUGGGUUUGACUUCUCUUGUGGAGCCAAGAAUGCCUGAAAUAGCAGACGAGAUGGCGACAGACGAGGUGGCGGCGGCAGGAGGCCCGCUGCACGUCCGCAUCCUGUCGACGCCCAUCCAGGCGCAGGCGCAGUCGCCGUUGUUCAGUAUGAUCCCGCCCGAGGUGCGCAGCGACAUCUUCGCGUUCGCGCUGGCCGACUACGCCGACCCGUCGCCCGACGCCCAUUACGAAGCCGAGACGUGCUUCACGCGGCCGGCCUACUUUGCCCCGCGCAAGACCGACACCCGCCUGCUGCGAACCUGCCGCGCCGUCUACCACGAGGCCUGGUUCCUUCCUUUUACCAUGCGCGAGCAGACGCACUGGCUGACAAGCCAGGAGCGGGCUCCGCCCGAGUACGUGCAGCACGUACAGCUGUCGCGCCUAGGCAUCACCCUCGCCCGCAUCACGGCCCAGCACGGCGGCGAAAAGGUCGAGAUCGAGAGCCUGCGCGUCUUCGCCCAGAUGUGGGCCCUCGAAGACUACGCCCUGGCCCGCCUGCUGCACACGCCGCACCUGCACCCGCGCCGCCUAACCCUGACUAUCCGCCACGCCGACUGGUGGUGGUGGGAGCAGGACAAGCCGCUGCGCUUCGAGAGUGGCUGGAUCGGCGCCGUCGCCAAGGUCCUGCCCGCGAGCGUGCGCGAGCUACGCAUCGAGCUCGAGUCGCUCGAGCGCAAGAAGGACCAGGUCGACGGCAUCGCCAAGCAGAUGGCCGACCGCUGGCUGUUCCCCCGCAUCGAUGGCGAAGUGCUGUACCCCGACGCCACGGGCAAGGCCGUGGAAAUCAGCCGCUGGUCCGGCGCGAGCACCUGGAACGGCCGCCGCUGGGAGCGCGACGAGUCCGCCCCCGGCUUGGUCGACUACUACAUCGCCACCGUCGUCUUCCGCCCCCGGCGCGUCGUCGAGCGCCUCGGCGGCACCGUCAGCGACUCGGCCAAGCAGGCGGCCGCUGGCGACGCCGUCAGCAACCCGAGCAACUUCGGCUACCACCUGCUGCGGCUCCGUGCUGCCGGGGGCCCAAUGAGUAAUGAGAGUGAUGAAUUCGAGGACGAGCCUGACGAAGAUGAAUUCGAGGACGAGCUUGACGAAGAUGAAUUCGAUGAGGAUGAAGAUGAGGACGACGAAGAUGAGGACGACGAAGAUGACGAAGACGAGGACGGGUCAGAGUACAACGAGUAGCAAAGGACGGAUCGGUUGCACAAACGUGUGGUGCAAGCAAGCCGCGGUCACGCUGCGUGUAGGUUUCAUUUGGGAUCGAGAGAAGGAUACAAGUAGACGUGGCGACCCAACAAAGAAAUCGCCCCACAACGAAAUUGGCCCACGCCAUGCCCACACCCACUCCACGGGCGCAAAUUAUCCAUUUCUACACAAAAUAACUAGCAAAAAAAUACUCAAUCCUCUUCUUCGGCCUGUCUAUAUUGUUC